CGCUUAUAAUGCCCAACCACCUUUAUUUGCAGAACAAACAUAAUGACCUAACUUCAGACACCGUCCCUACCACAUUACUGCUCCCAAAUCAUUCCAAACACCCAAAUCAACCACCAACCCCCCAAAAUAAAAACAAUUACAAUGCCUAUUUCAUGACACCUGCUAUUUCCAUUAAAAAAAACCCUAAGUUAUGCGUCCUUCUUUACCCCUCCCAUAGCAGCCCCCCUUGUUUUACCUUUCAAAGUAUUCUUAAAUACAGGAAAACCCUUUCAAAGUAUUUUUAAAGUAUUCUUCACUGCACUUCUUCCCCGCUUCGAAGUCGUCUUCGUCAUUAUUGCUUCGUUAGACGCCGCCUCUCUCUCACACAAUUCAAAUGAAAUUAUCCCUGUGAAUAUGGCGUUACAGUCUCGUUACCAUAGAAGGAGGCGGUUAGUACGGCGAACCCGUUUUAGCAGCCCAAUUUUUACGGCACACGUUUCUCCCUUCUUUCUUUUCCGUUUCUGGGCUUUUGGCUUAAUUGGAAGGGCAAUUACGGUAUUUUAUUUCCUUUAGUUCGUGCGCCUAUGUAUGACAUGAUAUGUUUGGUCAUACAAUUGAUACAAAAACACAAAUGGAAUAUGGUUCGAACCAUUCAAACUCAAAUGAUUAUGUUGGAUUACCUUCUGAGCAACAGUUGGCUGGAACUAUUGGCUAUCAACCAAUUGAUGAGUGAAAACAGUUUCUAUUUGAAAGGAAAUGGGCUUAUGGGCUGCAGUUUAGUACCCAGGUGUAUUCUUUUUAUUUAAAUGCCGGGUAUGCUUGGCUCACAGGAAAUGAUAGGGAAAUGUAAAAAAUGCCAAGAAAAACUAUUUUCUUAUGGUUCUACCAUGGAAAAUAACAUUUUUAUUUUUUAAAAAUCACAUUUAAAUUUUAAACUAUAGAUUAAAUAAAUAAUCAACAAAUAUCUAAAGUAAGUUCAUUGAGUGGUAGCCUAUCUUUUAUUUCACCCAACAUUUUAUUUCGUUUUCAUUUGCUUCUAUAUUUUCCUUUGUAGCUCUUGCCAUAAUGUUUCCUAAGAUCUAAUUGGAACCUUUAGGUUUUCUCAUCAUAUGUAUGUAAAGAAACAUUUUGAUUUGGCUACACUGCAUCCUACCUUCACAGCUAUACGACCAAGAAAGCUCUUAUUUAGUUUUACAUGUCAUAAUAUACUCGGUGUAUGAGUUUAUUUUAAUAGAUGUUAUUGAGAAAACGUAAUGAUUUCUUGUUGAGAAUUUUAAUAGUCCCAACCUCAUCUGGGUCAAAUCAUGAUGGAAGUCCUUCAAGUCCUACAUGUGUUGAUCGUGUGUUGGAAAAAAAUAGGGCAUUACAAUAUGAAAUGCCAGUGGACUCCCAACCUUCCCGGUCACUAUCAUCAAGGUGUUUCUCCGGUGGUGGAUGUUGUCAAGUUUGAAGUUCAGCUGUACAGAGUUAAGGGCAAAUUCCUCCUUGAUCUACAAAAGGUGCAAGGACCGGAUUCACCCUUUCUAGAUCUUUGUGCUGCUUUCGUCUCGCAACUUGAGUUCUCUAAAGAAGCAGGAGUUUGUUUUGUUCAGAGUGCUAACCCUUAAUGAAUGUGCAGUGUACAUGCUGGUAUUAUUGUGCAAGGAACAUUAUAACAAUAUUGCUUGCAUGAAUGUGUAGUGUACAUGUUGGUAAUAUUGUGCAUUGGACAUUAUCGCAAUAUUGCUCGCAUGAAUGUGUAGUGUACAUUAUGGUAAUAUUAUGCAUGAUUUAUUAUGGCAAUAUUGCUUGCAUGAAUGUGUAGUGUACGUUAUGUUAACAUUGUGCAUGGCAAUGUAGGUCCCUGGAAUAUGUGGUGUAGACAUGCGUGGAUCUAGGAAAUUUAUACGGGGGGUGGGGGGUUGACCAGCGGCGUAUUCAGACAAAUUUAGAAAAUUACCUAAAUAGAAGUUCAACAAUACAAAAUUCAGUGAACUUUUUAUCCUUUUUUCCCUUUUAAUAGGAUCUAAAGGGAAGAAAACACGCUUAAUUCUAUUUUAGAUUUUUUCCUAUGUUGAACUUCUAUUUUGA